AUGGAGGCUGUUGUGAUGCGGGAGAACAGGUUGCUUUGCUCAUCCUGCACAGCAGCGGGCCGUGACUCGCAUGGUUCCUGUGUGCAGCAGAACGGCCCGCCGGCCCGCCGGGCCACCGGCCCACCGGGCUUCUGCUGUUCCCACCGUCAACACCCUGCCGCUCCACGGUCCUGCUCACAGAACCCAGCACCCAGCACCCAGCCCACACCGGCACGCCGGCUCACGCACCAGCCACUCACCACCAUGGUCUGUGAGUUGGGAACCAGUAAAGGAAGCCUGGAAGAGGGGAGCUCCUGUAGCCUUCCCCCUGCAGCCUUCCCCCUGCAGCCUUCCUCCGCAGCCUUCCCCCCGCAGCCUUCCCCGCAGCCUUCCCCCUGCAGCCUUCCCCCCGCAGCCUUCCCCCUGCAGCCUUCCCAUGCAGCCUUCCCCCUGCAGCCUUCCCCCCGCAGCCUUCCCCUGCAGCCUUCCCCGCAGCCUUCCCCCUGCAGCCUUCCCCCUGCAGCCUUCCCCCUGCAGCCUUCCCCCUGCAGCCUUCCCCCGCAGCCUUCCCCCUGCAGCCUUCCCCCGCAGCCUUCCCCCUGCAGCCUUCCCCCUGCAGCCUUCCCCCUGCAGCCUACCCAUGCAGCCUUCCCCCGCAGCCUUCCCCCCCGCAGCCUUCCCCCUGCAGCCUUCCCCCGCAGCCUUCCCCCUGCAGCCUUCCCCCUGCAGCCUUCCCCCGCAGCCUUCCCCCGCAGCCUUCCCCCGCAGCCUUCCCAUGCAGCCUUUCCCCUGCAGCCUUCCUCCGCAGCCUUCCCCCCCGCAGCCUUCCCCCUGCAGCCUUCCCCCGCAGCCUUCCCCCGCAGCCUUCCCAUGCAGCCUUCCCCCGCAGCCUUCCCCCCCGCAGCCUUCCCCCCCGCAGCCUUCCCCCUGCAGCCUUCCCCCGCAGCCUUCCCCCCCGCAGCCUUCCUCCUGCAGCCUUCCCCCCCGCAGCCUUCCCCCUGCAGCCUUCCCCCGCAGCCUUCCCCCCCGCAGCCUUCCCCCUGCAGCCUUCCCCCCCGCAGCCUUCCCCCCGCAGCCUUCCCCCCGCAGCCUUCCCCCCCGCAGCCUUCCCAUGCAGCCUUUCCCCUGCAGCCUUCCCCCCCGCAGCCUUCCCCCUGCAGCCUUCCCCCCCGCAGCCUUCCCCCUGCAGCCUUCCCCCCCGCAGCCUUCCCCCUGCAGCCUUCCCCCCCGCAGCCUUCCCAUGCAGCCUUUCCCCUGCAGCCUUCCCCCCCGCAGCCUUCCCCCUGCAGCCUUCCCCCCCGCAGCCUUCCCCCUGCAGCCUUCCCCCGCAGCCUUCCCCCCCGCAGCCUUCCCCCUGCAGCCUUCCCCCCGCAGCCUUCCCCCCCGCAGCCUUCCCCCCCGCAGCCUUCCCCCUGCAGCCUUCCCCCUGCAGCCUUCCCCCUGCAGCCUUCCCCUGCAGCCUUCCCCCCGCAGCCUUCCCCCCGCAGCCUUCCCCCUGCAGCCUUCCCCCAUGUGAAUGUGUGUGUUUCCCUCCUGCUCUCAGUCAUGGCUGUGCAGAUAAACGACCCGGAGUGA